ACAUAAACAGAUGCGUUCAAAAUAAAUUAUUUCAAUGUUUACCUUAAACGGUCAUACUUUGAGAUUCCUGAAAAACAAUAUUCCACAAUAAAAAACCAAAACCUGCGUUAUUGAACAACAUUAUUGUUCUAUCCACGCAAGAUGGACAAUUUUGUAAAGACACUCAUCGAGGAGGUCAAAUCACAGGGGGUCUUCGACGAGUUUCGCUUUAACUGCUGCUUGGCCGAUGUGGACACGAAGCCAGCCUAUCAAAAUGUACGCAAUCGCGUCGAGACGGCUGUCAACGAUUUUCUGGCCAAACAACAUUGGACACCAGAGACCAACAAGGUGCAGCUGCGCGAGCGACUACGCAAACAUUUACUCGAUUCCGAUGUCUUGGACAAGGGAGUUGAUCACAUAGUUGAUCAAGUGGUCAAUCCCAAAGUGGCAACAGUAUUUGAGCCAAAAAUCGAGAGUAUUGCCUACAAAUAUCUAGGCAUCGCACCGCCCCCACCACCCGCACAUCCGCCACCUCGCCCGCCUCUGCUUCCUGCGCCUCCUUUGCCGCCCUACGCGGGCCAUAGCAUGGGACAUAUGAACGGCGGCAGCAAUAUGCUGCAGGUAGAGACAACAGGCAGUCUGCUCCCCACAGAUCUGGAACAAAUUAGUCCAGAUUCUGAUCGUGCCACCAUUAAAUCAGAUAUGAAGGAUGAUAGCAAGGAUGAGGAGCUGCCGCCUCCUGGUGUCGAUGACAUGGACAUGGACUAUGAUGAUACGACUUCACCAGCGUUUGAACCUGCCAGCAGCUUGAAAGAAGACCUCAACAAUGGUUCGCUAAACACAUCGGAUUCACUUAAAGACGUCAAAGAGUUGGCUAACGAUUCGCGAGACGCUGGCGCCUCGCAGACAUCACAGCUGUCGCAGGUGUCCAGCGAUAGUCGUCUGACGAUUGCAUCCACGGAUGCACAACAGCCAGCGUCCACGAACAACUCCAACAUUGCCGCUAACAUGUCGGAGGAGGCGCAAAUGCCGAAGUUCAAUGAAAACUCCAGUGAAACGCACGAAAGCAGCGGACGUCAGCUGCACUUUGAUAUCAAACAAGAUGCGAUUACGUUCGAGGGCACGGAACGUCACAAUUCCAUGUCGGAGCAAACCAAUGGCGGCACUCAAGCACUGUCCAUUGAAGAUGCCAUCAUGAGCGAGAUGAAGGCCAACAUAAGUGAUGUGAAUAGCGUGGCAUUGGAGCCGACACCAACGCCGCCAGAAGCGCCUAUUAAAACGGAGCCUGGAGCGGAGAAUAAUUUUAAUGUGUUUACGGACUCACAGCAGCCCAAAGAAGAGCCAGAAGUACCUGAAAUCAAGCCGGAAUUGAUCAAGCUCGAGGAGGCAAAGCCCAACGAGCCUGAAGCGUUGCCAUCUGCAACAACAGAACUGAAGGAUGAGGCACUCAAAGCUGGGGAAAUAACCGCAUCACCUGCUUCGGCUUCCUCCUCGUCCCAGACUAAGAAGCACUCACACUCCAGCGACAGAAAGGACAAAGACAAGGAUAAGAACAGGGAGAAGCGUCAUCAUUCAUCAUCAGAUGACAAGCGUCGCAAGUCGCGAGAGCGUGAAAGGGAACGAGAACGCGACCGUGAUCGGGAACAUGACAAAUCACGCAGCAAAACUUCAUCCAGCUCCAAGCACUCCUCACGCUCUUCGCAUUCAUCCAGCUCGAAGCAUCGCAGCAGCAGCAGCUCCAAGCAUGACAAGACAAGCUCAUCGAGUCGCAGCACCAAUCACGAGUCCACUUCUUCCACCAGUAAGCGCAGCUCAUCGACGCGUCACGACUCAUCCAGUUCAUCCUCGCACAAGAAGCACAAAUCCAGCUCCAGCUCAUCGAAAAGUCGCGAGAGCCGCGAGCAUAGUCAUAGUCACAACAGUAGUCAUAGUAGUCAUCAUCAUAGCAGUCGCAGUCACAACGGCAGCGGCAGUUCGUCAUCCAAUUCAAAGCGCAGUGAUCGCGAUCGGGAGCGUGAUCGUGAACGCAACAAAUCCAGCUCAAAUUCCACAACCUCCAACUCUGCCUCGAAUUCCAUUAAUCCGCCAGCAGCGCCAGCGCCGGCAAUCAUCCAAGACGAUCACAAUGAGGAGAAAGCCAAGCUGCAGAAACGUCACAGCCACGACUCGAAUGAUGAGGGCAAACCUCCAGGUGCAGCGGGAAAACCACAGACUGCAGAGCCUGCUGUGGAGUCGCAAACCAAAGAGAAGACAACGAACGGCAAAGCGACGGAAACGAACGGCACCAAUGGCACGAAUGGCAGCAGUCCAUCGGAAGCAGCUCCGGAAAUUGUGGAGGCAGGGAAUGUGGUGAUUGUUAGUGAUAUGCUGCAACAGUCAACGGCCAGUUUCAUUGAGUUGAGCAGUGCGAAACCAGUUGAUGAGCAGCACAAACUUGAAGCGGAGGCCAAACAGACAGUGGAGUUGAAUGAAACAGCGCCCGAACCGGUUGCGGAGUCCGAGAAGAAGCCAGAAAGUGAAGCGACAGCAACAAGUGAGACAGCAUCAAAUGAACCAGAUCUGGCAGCAGCAACUGAACCAGAGUUGGCAGUAUCAAGUGAGCCUGAGUUGGCAGCAUCAACUGAACCCCAGUUGGCACGUCAACUGAAGCAACUUCUGAGGAGAAUGUGUCUGAGAGUGUGCAGCCAGAGCCAUCCGAAAAAACAAAUAGAAGAGGAUACAAAAAGUACUGACAAUAGCCAAAAUGAAGCCCCAACAACUGAAGAGUCCAAGUUAGAUUCUCAGGUAGCUCUAGCAGCAGAGUCUGAGGAAGUUCCGCUAGAAUCCAAGGAAGCACCCGAGCCAAGUUCGCCCGCAGCUGCUCCAGCAGCCUCUCCGACACCUGCUGAACCCCUCAAGAAAUCGGAUUGUGCUGAGCCAACUGCAGAUCAUGUGGAAGCACAAGAAACAAACGACGCUUGCACGCACUUUGAGGAGAGCGCUGAAGAGUUCAAAGCGCGUCUACAGCUCAUUGAGCAGCACAUUAAGGAUCGUCGCACGUUGUUGAAUGUCUUCUGCGGGGUCGAGGAGGACGUGAGUCAACCCACGCGUCGUAACAGCGCUAAGCGUCGGCUGAGCAGCGAAGCAUCCUCAUCGAAACCACACACCACCAGUUGUUCCAGUGGCAGCAGCAGCUCGGGCAGUCCGAAUGCCAAGGUGAAACGCCCUCGAAUGUCACCCACACCCUCAGAGAUCAGCGUCAACUCUAAAGAGAACGAGGAGCUGGAUAAGCAUGACAAAGGCGAUUUGUCGGCUCGACGUCUCAGUCAGAAGCUGUGUCAGCAGCAGCGUUACACCAACGAUGAUCUCUACAAGCCCCGUCCACUGUUGUCACAGCGUUCGCGUCGACGCGGCCUGGAUGCAAUCCUCUAGCUGGCUCUAGCUUCAGCUGCUACUGCUGCUCUUUCCUAUGUAUAAAUCGUAUCGAAUUGAAGCAAUAAAAAAAGGCAAUUGUUAUUGUUGCAUUUGAAA